ACGACUUUCAUGUGCAGUUAAUACCUCCACACCCUGCAAACGUGCAUCGCUUCGGUGCCGUUUCCCUGAGCUACCAGAAGCUUUGAAUUCGACUAGACGAUCAUGUGAUAGCGCGUCCAUGGGCACCGUGUCGCCGCCUUGAAGACGAAUUGUGAAGGAAUGAACCCAUAUCCGGCCCAAAGCCUAUCUUCAACCGUUGCAUCAGACUAACGUCGUCGUCGAGCUCCAGUUCAUGAAGCCUCUUCGGCUACUGGUGUGGCGUCGAUUCCUAGAGCGAUCCGUACCCGAAUACGAGUACGUGUAGCUGGGGUGGUAUAAAAAGGACGUGGGCCAAGAGUGGUAAAAGUAACACCUGGGUUACCGAAAAUGACUCGUAUCCUCGUCCUCACUGCUCUCUUGACUGCCCGUCUCUCUCUGGCAAAAUUCCAGAACCCCUUGAUGUCUGUUACCGUCCCACAGUCACCUUGGGUGACUCAAGGCUGUUUCGUCGAUUCAAUCGAAAAGCGCACUCUCAGUGGACCGUCGUUCAAGGAUACGACCUACAUGUCUGUCGGCGUCUGCCGGUCCUUCUGUGCCGCGCGCGCGCUGCCCUACUCGGGUGUCGAGUACGGUGUCGAGUGCUUCUGCGCCUCCUCGUUCAACCCGACCGGCCUCGUAGCCGACAUCGACGACUGCAACAUGCCGUGCGCCGGCGACGCCACCGACGUCUGCGGUGCCGCAGACCGCGUCCAAGUGUCGUACUACACGGAUGAGUUCAAGCCGGCCCACACUCCGAAAUACGUCGGCGACCAUAAGCGGUGGGAGUACACCGGCUGCUUCGCAGAUUCUGUCGACAAGCGCGUUCUGACUGACGGCCCGGGCCUUGGAACCUACGUUCCCGAGGGUAUCACCAUCACGGAGUGCACCGGAAUCUGCCAGAACCUCAACUUCAAAUACGCUGGACUGGAAUACUCGCGCGAAUGCUGGUGUGGAAACUCGAUCGGGGACGCCACGAAAACGGCCGAUAACCAGUGCGAUCUCCGCUGCGAAGGAAAGAACGACGAGCUCUGCGGCGGUGCGGACAGGAUCACCAUCUACAAGGACACGAGCGAUGAGGACAUGGAUCACAACGUCUGUUAAGCACUAGUAGGGUAUUGUAGGGUAGUUUCGCAAUAGCAAGGAAGAGUGAGUUUGAAUUGAUUUAGAGCACACGACUGCUCCAGAAAAUUUCACGCCACUUUAUUUACUAGCAAUGUGAGUAAUAGCACAUGAUACUAUUAACUAGUGACUGCCCCAUCA